AUGGGGAAAAAGGAGGACCCGCGGAAGAAGGAUGACAAGAGGAAGAAAGAGGACAAGGGGAAGAAAGGAAUACAGGAAUCUGAACGUAGUGGAUUUUUCGGCCGUCGAGGUCGGCGUGCGAGUGAGAUGAAGUUGGAGCCGGAGGAUGUGCGAGAAUUUAAGGAGUUGCAGAAGCGGCACGGUUUACGAGUGUACUUCAGUAAUACGGUGGUGGACGUGAUGUUUUACUUGACGCCAAGGUACGGUGGUUAUAUGGCGACGCAGGUCGGACGGUUGUUGAAUCAGCGUGUGCGCGAUUUGCGUACUUCAGCCUGUGGUCGUUUCCGGCAUAGCGAGAUCGUGCUAGUGGGGCAUUCAUUGGGUAGUGUCCUGCUCUAUGAACUACUCAGCGGCCGUCCACUCCGGGCUCAACUCUGGGACUCCGUUGAUGCUGAUGACGUCAGCCUCUUUCCAGAUCAAACGCUCCCUGCAAAACCAGACUGCGCUGGAGCCACACUCGACUUCGACGUCAACCACGUCUUCCUCUGGGGCUCCCCACUCAGCUCUUUCCUCGUCCUUAAGAACGACAAAUCUCUCACCCCCGCCGGGCCACUCUCCCUUGGCAGACAUAGACACACAAGAAUCUACAACAUAUUCCACCGCUCCGACCCCAUCGCCACCCGCAUUGAACCCGUCUUCUACCGAGACAAAGACUACAUACCGCCCGCCAUCCGACUUCCCAGCUACUAG